AUGCUCACACGAAAUUUUGCAAAAAUAAGGCUCAAGAGCCGACCCAUUUUCGAAAGGUCUGUUGUAGUACCUGCGAGUGGUAAUGCAUCUAGACGGAGGCGGAAAACAGUUAAAAGUGUAAGACAAAAUAUAUCAGUGGAUGACUUGAGGCUAGAUAGACCAUUAGAGCUUUCGAAUCCUCGAGAACUAGAGCGCAAACUGCGUGAGCUGCGCAAUUUCACGAAAAAUCUACAAGAACAAGUGCGGGUGGCUGAUGACCUAUCACAGAAAGAGGCGGCAGAGAAAGCCUUGUUGGAACCUGAAAAUGAAAAGGAAGAUAGUGGCGAACAUACAGCGGCGUUGAUCUUGGGAGGUGGAGGUGAUUUGAAAGCUAUGUCAGGCGGCACUCAUAGCCAGAUGAGUAGGCAUGCCAAGAAAACAGAUUUGUCCACAUUUCUACUCAGCACAUCAGGACAAGCCAAAAAGCUUCUACCUGAAGCAAUUUUGCUGCGAAUAAACGAUGAUGAACUUGUGCUGAAAUCUCUCAUAAACCAUCGAAAUAGUGAUUGGAAUGCCAUCGUUUCCAAGCUUUACGAUAGCCCUGAACAAUUGCAAGGAAUCAGUCACCGAGUUCUAAAAAUAGGAAUUUUCUCCAGAGCUUCCCGUCUGUCGUUGGAAAAUAUUCGAAAGCUGGAAUCAAUGUUUCGUAAAUAUGGCCAGCACACAGGAACGGGACUCACGACGGCCAUGUAUGAAUGUCUUUUUGUCAAUCUCUCUAACCUGAAACCGCAAGGGGUCGCGGAAAAGAACGAGGUUUUUGGUUUGUUCGACUCACUGUUGAAAACGUUCGAUGAUACUAAGACGUGCAUAAUGCAUGAACAUGAUAGCAUCGAUGAAAACAUCUCAAAUACCCAGAACAAAGCUAUCAUGAACCAGUUCGUAAUGAACUGCUGCAUCAAGUUUGCUUCCAAAGUCAUGGACCCUUCCAAACUGAACUACUACCUCACAAAAUUCAAUCACGACUACAAGGUUUUACCCAACAGAGAGAACUACACCACCAUAAUUCAAUUUUAUACUAAAAUGGGAUUAAACGCUCAAGCGUGGGAUAUUUUUGCAACCAUGAAAUUCCUGUCAGCAGAGCAUAAACCAGACACGAAGACGUACACCUCGAUGCUACAUCUUUGUGCCAAAGAUAAAAACUAUGCAAAAGCCAUUGACCUGUUUAAUGAAAUGACUGACCUGAAAGUUGACAUUUCUUCUGAGACUUUGAAUGGCGUUGCCAAGGUUUUGGCGGUAGCUAGUGGCGACCCCAUUUCCAGUGAGGGGAAAGCCGAAUCCUUGAGACUACUUGGCUGGAAGUAUCUGCAUCAAAAUGAAGAUCUUUUACAAAUGAAGGGCCGUAUUUUGGAGGACACGAUUAUGACAAUGAUGGCGCUUUGUGCUUAUGAUGGAGACGUAGGUCUCGCCAGAGCAUUAUACUUCAAGUACGUCACUGCCAAAUUUGCCGAUAAUUACAGCAAGUGGAGGGCUAGGUUUGGUAACACUAUUUCCACAGAUUAUAAGGCAAUAUGGUCAAAGUCUUUGAAUCCACAGAUUUUCAACUACUUGUUGUUAGCGUAUGCCAACUUUUCGCCGGAAAAAGUGCCUCUGUUGGUGAGCUUUGAUCAAGGAAGUAUCACGAGGAGAAAUCUGAUAAACAGUAUAGACUAUCAACAGAAACUCGAUGAUAUUGGCUGUGAAUUGCCGAUCAAAAUCCCGAUGUUACCUGUAGCGGAUUUCAGUCAAGUUUUGCAGGUGAUUUUAGAAUCUCGCGCUCUAUGGCAAUUCAAUCUUGAAUUUGGUGGAAUGGUCAACUUGAGAGAAAGUCCGCAAGAAUUCUCCAAACUCAUUUGGAAACUUCUGGACUCUAGCAACUCAUUGGAAGAUUUUGCCUUCACAAUCUUUAAUGAAGUUCUGUCAAAAGGAUCUGAAUUUGUCAACCACAAUGUUCUGAACGUCAAAACUCUGGUAUCGUUCUUGACAAUUCCAAUAAAAAUGGGCGAUAAAACAGAGUUUUUACUCAGACUAUCGGAGUUUUCCUUCGAGCAACGGGAAUUGAACAAGCAAAUUUCGACUUUGUUCAAUGAAGCCAAAUUGAAUUCCUUGCCUGUAGGAACCGUGCUGGAAUCUCAGAAGAGAAUUCUUGAUCACGAUUUGUCUGUUCAAGCCGAUGCUUCUCUGGGUUAUCUUUUAUCAGUGAAGCAUAAGCUUUUGAGAGAGUCGGUUCUUUAUGAAAUAACCAUGCGGGCAGCUAUAAAAUUUAAAGACGUGGACUUGGCUAAAGAAACGUGGGAAAGCCGUGGUGCAUUCAGGAAACUAAAUGCUUUCCAGAACUUGGAUCCACAAGAAAGAGUCACCAAAGACACUGUUUUCGCGUCCCUGAUGGUAGAUUUGUUUACCGAACAAGAACUGUACAACGAUGCCAUGAGUAUCAUCAUGUCAUCGCAAAGGUACAUUAACUGGACAUAUACGAUGAUUAAAAGGCUUCAUCGCAAAAUGAUAGAGUUGGAGGACGAAAACAGCAUCAGAAUUUUAAUGGAAGUUGUUAACAAGCGCUCUGCAUGA